UGUUCUAAUAAACCUAGUGCAACAUGCCAAAAGCGAGCGCAGAAAAAGAAUGGAAGUUCACCAUGCUACCCCGGGCAAAUGUGUUUCACCCAACGUUGGAGGAAUUCGCAAACCCUCUGAAAUACAUCAGCAGCAUUAGAGAAGUUGCUAAAACUACAGGUAUAAUCAAGGUUGUGCCCCAGGGCUGGGCUCCGCCCUUCUCAAUCGACAUCGCAAAGUUCCUCUUUACACCACGUGUCCAGAAGCUAAAUGAACUGGAAGCCAAGUCUCGCUGUCACUUUCAGUUCAUGGAGGGUCUCGCCAAAUUCUGGCACCUUCAGGGUGUUGAUGUGAAGAUACCCAACGUAGAGUACAAGCCUCUGGAUAUGUAUACGCUACACAAGGUGGUACAAGAUUUUGGUGGGUAUGAGAAGUGCUGUAGUGGGAAGAAAUGGAGCGCUAUUUGCAAGAAACUCAAGUUCAAGGACAGAUCCCCGGUAAAUACGAUACGGCAACAUUACGAGAAGAUUGUUCACCCCUACAUUGUCUUUAGAAGAGUUCAUUGUGGCGAAAAUCUGGCUUCUGACGAAAAAAAUAUAACAGUUGAACUCAUCAAAGAAAAGAUGGAGAAGACUGAAUACAAGCAUCCCAAUGACACAGAUGAUAAGAAGGAGCUAUUAUACGAGAAUCUGUUCUGUAAAGUAUGUAAGAAUGGAGACAGGGACGAUGCUAUGUUACUCUGUGAUGAAUGUGAUGAACCUUAUCACAUAUACUGUCUCAAUCCUCCGCUAGAAAAGAUUCCCAGUGGAGAAUGGAGGUGCCCUGUUUGCCUUGCUAAGGAAAUAGACAACCGGCAGUUCGGAUUUGAGCAAGCAAAGAAAGAGUACACACUAUCCCAGUUUGGUCAGAUGGCCGAUAAUUUCAAGUCCCGGUAUUUUAAGAUGCAGGCCAGUGAGGUUCCUAUUGAUAGAGCUGAGGAGGAGUUCUGGAGAUUGGUCUGCUGUGUCGAUGAAGAUGUUGCAGUCGAAUACGGAGCUGAUCUCCUGUCCUCUGAGCUAGGCAGCGGGUUCCCAACCCGGGACACUGCCAAGACUGAUAUAGCCAAAGAGUACGCAGACGACCCCUGGAACUUGACACACUUCGCAGAUCUGGAGGAAAGUGUGCUGAAAUACAUCACAGAGCCGAUAUCAGGCGUCAAGAUACCGUGGGUCUACGUGGGCAUGGUCUUCAGCAGCUUCUGCUGGCAUGUUGAGGAUCAUUGGACCUACUCUAUCAACUAUCAGCACUGGGGAGAAUCCAAAGUUUGGUACGGAGUACCUGACUCAGGAGCUCAAGAUUUCGAGGAUCUUAUCAAGAAAGAAGCUCCGGAACUGUUCACAAAGGAACCCAGUCUGAUGCACCAGCUUGUCACUACUCUCUCUCCUAAACUGCUUCACGACAAGGGUGUACCAGUGUACACGCUGAGACAACAGCCGGGUGACUUCAUAAUAACCUUCCCUCGUGCUUACCAUGCUGGGUUCAACUCUGGGUUCAACUUUAACGAGGCCUGUAACUUCGCCACCGCUGACUGGAUCCCACUCGGUCGGCAGUGUGUGGACCAGUACAAAGAGUUUGGUCGUUACAACGUCUUCUCCCACGAGGAACUGCUCCUUAGAAUGGUAUCUAAGACGGACAGUCUGUUGCUGGACAUUGCUGAAACCCUCUUCCAGGAUCUCCAGAUAAUGGUAGAGCGGGAACUGGAACAGCGGGAAUCACUCAAGCAGAUCCAGACAGACUUUCUAGAGUUUGAGGAGGUACCAGACGAGAAGAGGGUGUGUAGAGUGUGCAACACUACCAUGUUCCUCAGUUCCAUCGUCUGCUCCUGUCACCCAGAAGUAAUGUACUGUCUCCUACACGCUCCUACAAGUCCCUGUCCCACGUCUAAACAGACUAUGAAAUACCGCUACACGUCGAGGAACUCAAAAAGCUGCCCCAAGAUGUACAGAAGAGAAUACCAGAGAUUGGUGGAGGAACUUGAGAAGCUAGCGGAGCGGGCGGUUGCCAACAAAUACAUUGAAACUGACGAGUACAGAGAAUUGAGAUCUGUUAUCGACAAAGCUAACCAGUGCAUCAAGGUUACAGAUCUGCCCUGUCACGUGCCGGACUCGGCUCUGCUACAGGAACACUACGUCAGAAUCGUGGACUUCACUGAAAGGUGUGACCGAGCUCUUAACAAGAAUCUCACUAAAGUACAGUACGAGGAAAUGCUAAAAGAGAGUAGGAAGCUGGAGAUAGAUCUACCUCAAAUACACUCUCUCAAACAGGAAAUAAAGAAAAUACAAUGGGUAGAAGACCGUAUCAGAACUACUACAACGAGGCCACCAUCUCCUUCUCGGAUCUCCAGCAAGGCCUGUGCGAGCGAGCUCACUUCCCCAACACCAAACAGAUCGAGGAACUCCGGACAAACCCUGUCUGAUAUAAAGUUGGAACAGAGUAAGGGUCAUUACACUAGCGUCAAACAGCUGGAGGGUAUUCUCCUCAAGGGUCAAAUGUUGCCAGUAUCCCUACCUGAGCUUGACCGGUUGGCAGUGAAAGUAUCUGCUGCCAAAGCAUGGCACGACAAAGCUUCCAAAAUAUUCGUCAGGAAGGGAUUCUCAAAGCUGCUAGAGGUUUUAUCACCCAGAGGAUCUCUAUCAAACGACAACAGACCGCUAGAGGAGUCGUUACGGGAGAGCACAGCGAAGGAGUUUACAGAGAUGAAGAAGAGACGGGGGGAGCGAACAUGCUGCGAACUGAGAGUAGACGGUGCCAUGACGCAAUGUGACAUGUGUUACGAUUGGUUUCACAACAAGUGUGUUUCCAUUGCUAAGCACAAGGACGUCAAGAACAGCGAAAUCAUGAAGGACGUUAAGUAUUUGUGCCCGCUGUGCAGCAGAACAAAGCGCCCGUCCGUGGACCAAGCACUGGGACUACUCAUCACCCUUAGGCAGGCUGGAUUGGCAUUGCCAGAGGGCGUGGCACUCAGCUAUCUCAUCGAGCGAGCCAUGGAAUGGCAAGAGAAAGUUAGAGCUAUUAUCGCCAAACACCGAGCUCUGCCUAACGCCGUUGACAAACAAGCGUACAUUGAUCAGCACGUCUCCCUGAAAGAUAGGAACCAGAUAGAGGAGUACAUGGUUAAAGGAGAUCUCAUUGAACUCCAUCUAGAGGAAACUACUGAUCUAUGGAAUUUGCUAAAUAUAGUUGACGAGCACGUGGUCCCGGAGAAGAAACUGCCUGUCUCCAAGCGAUCCUCUCCAGGAGGCCCUUCUAAGCCUCCCUCCCUCCCUUCCUCCAAACCACCCUCCCCAACCGGGUCCCACACUUCCAACAAGCGCAGGAAGACACCCUCAGAUGAACGUAGUAAUGGAAGCAAUAGCUCUAUCAGUGCAACCCGGAAGCGGAGGAAGGAUCGUCAGAACACCGGUAGUGAUGAACUCUGCAGCGUUCUGGACUGUCUGAGACCAGAGGGAGCGAAAGUGGGCUGGAUCCAAUGUGACAAGUGUGAGAAAUGGUACCACCUCGAGUGUGUGGCAAUCUCCAACAAGGAGGCAGAGCAGAUCGAGGACUACACCUGUCCCGUCUGUAUUAACACAACGUGACGUCAUCAGGGUGGAACGUGACGUCACGCUAACUUUUUGUGACGUUAUUAUUACGUCACGCCAGUUUGAUGUGACGUCACGUGAUGUUGAAGUCAGGUCUGUUGGAGUGUUGUCCAGUUGUGGGAAGACUCUGGUUAAGUAAGCGGGGUUUGAUGAUAAUAAAUUAUUUUGAAGACGACAGUCUGUUGUGAAAGAAUGCAGUGACCUGAUAGUAAUUGAUAUUCAGCUGUCAACUGUAUUAUUUAAGAUUUACAUUUACAAUUUUCUUUGCCCUGCAAUCGAAUUAUGAUAUGAAAAUUUCAGUUCAGCAGAUUAGAAUCUUUGAUAUUAAUAUACAUUUCUGCAAGUAGAAAUGUCGAUAUACUUUUUUCGGAAAAGCAAUGUAUCACGGCAGAAUUACCAGACUUUUGCAGCAUGUAAAUGUUUUGAGUUGAAACUUAUUGGCUACAGCGUAUAGAAUAAAGAUAUGUGUUUGAGUAUUGGA